GCCGUCGCCUCGCAUCCGCGAUCCUCCACCGCUGAACAAUCGCGCGCGCGGUUUCUUCUUCAACCCUUUAAACCACUUUAAACAAAGAAACUUAUUUAUAAAAGUUUACCUAAUUAGUGAAUAACAAUUAAAAAGUGUGUUUUUCAACCCGUAGAGAUAUUAUCCUGUCAGUGUGAUUAAAUAUUUAUAUUUUCCUGGCGGUUGUUAAAUUUCGUCGCUGCGCGUGGGAUACGUGCCAUGCCCAUCAGCGAUGUGGAGCUACGUGAUGGCGGCAGCGCGAGGUGACCCGCGUAGGCGUCCACCCUCCGGCUCCGUGUUCACGAUCCAAUCGAGCGGGCCGGGGCCGUGCCGCGACGGCCUGAGCGGCGGUAGCCGCACAACCGGCGUCGGCGGCAGCGGCGGCGGCUACGCCACCAGAGACUACGACAACGCGGCGCGUAAUAGCGCCCUCGCAGGCUCAGCUUAUGCGCGCGAACACCUGCAGAACGACGGCGGCGGCGGUAUCAACGCGGUGCUCUUCCGCAACUGCUCGCGCGACCGCAUCUCCAACCAUUCCAAAGAGGGUCUCAUCUCAACGACGAUAUCGCGCGAUGGUUCACGCGAUGCCCUCGACGACGUCCGCAUUCAGACUUCUCUAUCGGACGGCGAGGCCGACGGAGCUAUUCCUACCUUACAAAAUGAUUCAUCAAGACGACCAUUGUCGGCGAUGCGUGGACGAUUGAAGCGCGCCGCAGCAUCAUUGCAGGCCGCCAUCCGCUUCCGGCGAUUCUCACGACGCGAUGGCAGCGACGCUCGCACACCGGAUUGGUUCGUCGACAAAAGCCAGCAACAACCGGACGCCGAGGGAGACGACAAAGCGGAAAACAAACGAUUUGCCUGCUGUGGCAAUCGACGCAUCGUCGUCGAUCCGGCCCUGCCCGCCCACUACAAGUGGUUGAUGGUGGUUUCCCUCGCCGUUCUCUACAACGUCAUCUUCGUGCUGGGACGUGCAGUCUUCUGGGAGUUAAACAAUGCAUCGCAGCCUCUUUGGUGGACGCUCGACUACGUCUGUGACGUUGUUUAUAUCGCCGACACCCUUGUGCGUGCACACGAAGGUUAUUUGGAGCAAGGAUUACUUGUGACAGACCAACACAAACUACGCAUGCACUACUUCCAGUCGAAAAAAUGGCGUCUAGAUAUCCUGUCACUGUUGCCAACCGACGUGGUGUAUUUCUGGUGGUCACCAUAUCAAUGCAAGAAUAUUGUGCCAUGUCCAGUGUUGGUGCGUCUUAACCGUCUCUUCCGACUUCCCCGCCUCUUGGAAUGGUUCGACCGCACCGAAACUGAUACAAACUAUCCGAACGUGUUCCGCAUCUGCAAGGUGGUCCUUGCCAUCCUGGUGCUCAUCCAUUGGAACGCCUGUUUGUACUUUGCCAUCAGCUACGCCAUCGGUUUCGGCACUGAUAACUGGGUGUACAAUAACACAGGUUCUAAAAACGCUACGUUAGCUAGACAAUACAUCUAUAGCUUCUAUUGGUCUACCUUGACCCUCACCACGAUCGGAGAGACACCAGUGCCGGAGAAUGACGCGGAAUAUUUGUUUGUGGUUGCGGACUUCCUCGCCGGCGUGUUGAUCUUUGCUACCAUUGUGGGUAACAUCGGAUCGAUGAUUUCAAACAUGAAUGUCGCGCGGGUUGAUUUUCAAAAUCGCAUGGACGGCGUUAAGCAGUACAUGGCCUUCCGGAAAGUGGGUCGGGAGUUAGAAGCGCGGGUUAUAAGGUGGUUUGCGUACACGUGGGCGGAAAGUGGUGCAUUAGACGAAGAACGUGUGUUGUCUGCUCUGCCAGAUAAACUUAAAGCCGAAAUUGCUAUUCGGGUGCAUUUGGACACUCUGCGGAAAGUGCAAAUUUUUCAGGACUGUGAACCUGGACUUUUGGAAGCGUUGGUGUUAAAACUACGUUUACAGGUGUUCUCACCAGGUGAUUAUAUCUGUCGCAAAGGAGACGUCGGUAAAGAAAUGUACAUCGUGAAGCGAGGACGUCUGCAAGUAGUGGCCGACAAUGGUGAGACCAUAUUCGCAACCCUCGGCGCUGGUUCAGUGUUCGGCGAGGUGAGCGUGCUGGACAUUGUCGGAAACCGCACCGGCAACCGCCGCACGGCAAACGUGCGCUCGCUCGGCUACUCCGAUCUGUUCUGUCUGGCCAAAGAUGAUCUCCUGCUUGCGUUAGCUGAUUAUCCCGAGGCGCGCGCGACCCUCACCGAGCGUGGCUGUCAGCUGCUGCGAAAGGACGGCCUGCUGGACGAGGACGCAUUCAAGCGCGCGCGAGAAUCGCAGGACUCCAUGAUGGACAGCAUUCAGCGAUUGGAGGACGUCGUCGACACGCUGCAGACGCGUUUGGCGCGGCUGCUUGCCGAGUACACCGCCAGCCAAGCAAAACUAAAGCAACGAUUAACUCGCAUUGAGUCGAGUGAAGACACUAAGAAGACGUAAGACACAAGUCGGCGGCGGCGGCGGCGGUUGGUUGAGGUGGAAUUCCAAGAAAACGAACGAGUGAGGGUUGCAUCAACAUUUUUACCCUCCGAGAGGGAAUAACAUGCGGUGGAGAGUUACACAAAUAGCCUAUAUCUACACUUGAUUGGAUUUAAGUUUGUUUUUUCCUUGGCGUUUGCGAAAUGAGUUCGAAAACAAACAACUACACACUCUAAAUACGUUAACCCUUACACCCUAAUGAAUUAUUAAACUAAUCUAAGCUUUUAAAUGUCAAUACAUAGAAGUUAUCAAAAGUUUCGCGCGGAAUUACACGUAAAUACAUAGACAUAUCUAUUUUCAUAGUAUUGUUUGCCCCAAACACACAAGUUAUUAAAUGAUUACAAUGAAAUUAUUAACGAUUAAACACAAUUAACGUUUUGAGUAAGAUUAAGCUCUAAAUGAAUUAAGAUAAACUAAACAUACAUGAUUGUAGAUGUGAAAUUAACAGGGUGGUUUAUUUCUGUAUGCGCUUGCAUAAAUUUUGCAUAAACACAAAACCUCCCUGGAUAAUUCAAGCCUUAAUUAUUGUGAUAUAAAUUACACACCUACAAAAACAGCAAGGUAACACUGCACUUCGCACACUUGUAAAAUGUGCCGAAGUAAUGAGUAAUUAAUGAUGGAAAGCACCGAAGAAACGAACGUUCGUAGCUUUCUCUACUAUCAUUAUGCCAACGCUGUGUAGGCAACCAAACAUGCAACGCAGAAAAUUUUAAACAAAUUUCUAUAGGUUAGGAAUGCGACGAAUGUAUAACACUUAAAAAUUGUUACUGUUAUAGGUGUUUGAAGAAUUUAAGACAAAGUAUAAUGCGAAUUGAAUUGAAUGUGUGAUUUUCAGGAAUUGAGCGUAAGUUUAAUUUGGGGUCCAAGAAAAAUAAUUUCUCUUCUUUAAAUGCAUAAUGAUAGUGCGAAAGUUAAGUACAAGUCAUGUAGACUAGACGAUACAAUUAUUAACAAUUUAGGAUUAAAACACGACACACACAAAAACCGUUUUAAAACAAAGAAAAAAUUGUGCUGUACUAAAGAAAGUAUAUUAUAAGAACAAAACCAAAUGUAGACAUUUAAUCAAAACAAAAAAAAAAGUAAUUUUUAUCAAAAACGUAGUAGAGAUGAACAAAUUAUUAUAAAAUAAAAUGAUAAUUUUGAUCGUUUUGACAUUAUUAUCCCUUGAAAUGUGUCAGUGCACAACUUCAACAUGUUAUGCGCGCGGGCGAUGACAACUUAAAAAAUUAUAAUUACCGUACUACCCAUUACCUUUGUUGCGCGUGUACCUCCAGCGCGGUCGACGAUGACGAGAUCGAAAUCGACGUUAUCCAGGAUGUGUGCUUAGGAAGAAAGCCGGUGGAGAUUACUUGCCCGUGCUGUUUGAUGCCAAGCACGUCGUUGAUAACGUGGGUGAUCACCCCUUACACCAGACGCGUCGCAAGGCGUUUGGCUGUGUUGGGAUUGUGGUGGCUGCCGUUCGUCGUGCAACGAUGGAAAAUGGCGAAACACACGUGCAAAUAUUGCCACGCAUACCUAGGUUCUACCACCUAUAAAACCUGCCCCGACGACGACUCCUAACACUCUUUGUUCGUCGUUCAAAAAUAUCAACAACACCAACCACGACGUAAAUAAAGUUGUCAAGUGCA